AUGAGUUUUAAUUUGAAUGCAAAUCAAGCUGCACAAGGUGCAAAUUAUGCUGGACGAGCAAUGAAUGCAUUUCAAACAGCUGUUAAUAUCGAUGACCAACAGCCACAAGCUGAAGGAACAACAUUUUGGUUCCGUUGGCUUGUUCGAAUCGUUGCUGUUGUCACUGGAAUUCUUGCAAUGAUAUGUGGCCUUUUUGGUGCAUUAAGUAUAUCACCGUUUUGCAUAAUCGCUGGUGUCAUGAUGAUGAUCCUUGGCUUUGGAGUAAUUAUGUUUGAAGUACCGAUUUGUUGUCAAUUUGUACGAUUUACACAACCAGCGGCACAAUUUUCUCAACAACGGCCAGCAUGGCAAAAGGCAGCACUCUACUCAGUGCCACCUCUCAUUCCUCUUAUGCUAUGUCAAUCAUUAAGUAUCGUACUUGGUUUCGUUUGCAUACUUGUUAAUGGAGCGAUACAAUUUAUGUUAGCUGUUGGCAAAAAAGCACCAUUAGAAGAAAUGCUUCAACGUGCCGGUGUCGGUGGUAUGAAUCGUGGACAACCAGUACCUGAUGGGCCUCCAUUGAAUGCUACAGGAAACUCGGGUGAAAAAGGUUUUAAUUUUACUCCACUGCCGUAA